AGGUGGCACUGAUGGGUGAAAUUGAAAGGCAGCUCAGAUGGGCACUGAUAUGUGGCAUUGAUGUGCACUGGUAUGCACUGAUAUGUGGCAUUGAUGUGGCACUGAUGGGCACUGGCACGUGGCACUGAUGAGCACUGACUGCUGGCACUGAUGGACACUGACAGGUGGCACUUCUGGGGCCACAUUGAUCGUCAGGGCACACUGAUCAUCAGUGCCUGAUGAUCACUGUCAGCGUGACAGCUUGAGAGGAGAGAAAUGCCGAUAACCGGCAUU